CGCCACAAACGGGGCGGGCGGAGGCAGCGCGAGGCGGGCUCCUUAAAGGGACCCGGGUGACGCCAGCGGUGCGGGCCGGAAGCGGGGACGUGACGCGCCGAGCGCGGGGACCGGGGAGUGGGAGGGGCGCGAGCAGACCUGAAGGAUGUCUCUGGCGGACGAGCUGCUGGCUGACCUGGAGGAGGCAGCGGAGGAGGAGGAGAACUUUGUGGAUGAGGAAAAUGAGCCGGCCAUCGAGGAUGUGCAGGAGGAAAUGCAGCUGGACCUCAACGUCGACUCCGUCAAGAGCAUCGCCAAGCUAUGGGACAGCAAGAUGUUUGCGGAGAUCAUGGUGAAGAUCGAGGAGUAUAUCAGCAAACAGUCGAAAGCCACAGAAGUGAUGGGGCCGGUGGAAGCAGCUCCGGAGUACCGAGUCAUCGUCGAUGCCAACAAUCUGACGGUGGAGAUCGAGAAUGAACUGAACAUCAUCCACAAAUUCAUCCGGGAUAAAUACUCCAAGCGAUUCCCCGAGCUGGAGUCCCUGGUUCCCAACGCUCUGGAUUACAUCCGCACGGUCAAGGAGCUGGGCAACAGCCUGGACAAGUGCAAGAACAACGAGAACGUGCAACAGAUCCUGACUAACGCCACCAUCAUGGUGGUGAGCGUCACGGCCUCCACCACGCAAGGGCAGCAGCUGACGGAAGAGGAGCUGGAACGCAUCGAGGAAGCCUGUGACAUGGCCCUGGAGCUCAACCAAUCAAAGCAUCGCAUCUACGAGUACGUGGAGUCCCGCAUGUCCUUCAUCGCCCCCAACCUGUCCAUCAUCGUCGGGGCUUCCACGGCUGCCAAGAUCAUGGGCAUCGCUGGUGGCCUCACCAACCUCUCAAAGAUGCCGGCCUGUAACAUCAUGCUCCUGGGAGCCCAGCGCAAGACCCUGUCCGGCUUCUCCAGCACCUCGGUGCUGCCCCACACGGGGUACAUCUACCACAGCGACAUCGUGCAGUCACUGCCCCCGGACCUGCGGAGGAAGGCAGCUCGUCUUGUUGCUGCAAAGUGCACACUGGCAGCUCGGGUUGACAGCUUCCAUGAGAGCCCAGAGGGGAAGGUGGGCUACGACCUCAAGGAGGAGAUUGAACGGAAGUUUGACAAAUGGCAGGAGCCUCCCCCUGUGAAGCAGGUGAAGCCCCUGCCGGCCCCCCUGGAUGGCCAGAGAAAGAAACGAGGAGGCCGCAGGUAUCGGAAGAUGAAGGAGCGACUGGGGCUCACGGAGAUCCGGAAACAGGCCAACAGGAUGAGCUUCGGGGAGAUCGAGGAAGACGCCUACCAAGAGGACUUGGGCUUCAGCUUGGGCCACCUGGGCAAGUCAGGCAGCGGUCGGGUGCGGCAGACGCAGGUCAAUGAGGCUACCAAAGCCAGGAUCUCAAAGACCUUACAGCGCACGCUCCAGAAGCAGAGCAUGGUGUAUGGUGGGAAAUCAACAAUCCGGGACCGCUCCUCAGGCACAGCCUCCAGCGUGGCCUUCACUCCACUCCAGGGUCUGGAGAUAGUUAACCCACAAGCGGCAGAGAAGAAGGUGGCGGAGGCCAAUCAGAAAUACUUCUCCAGCAUGGCGGAGUUCCUAAAGGUGAAGAGCGAGAAAAGUGGCAUCAUGUCUAGCACAUGAGCCUCCUUUUUUUUUUUUUUUUUUUUUUUCCCACCACCCCCAGACUCCGCCCUCGCCCAGAGCCCUGCCACGCCAGGAAGCAUCAGGGAACUUCUGGGGCUUUCGCUUUUGCUCCCCACUCAGUGGGAUCGGGCCCUUCCACCUCCCAGCUGCCGAGAAGCUGGGCAGAGCCAGUCUGCUGUCUCCCAAGCAUCUUUCUGUUCCCAGGGGGGAUCCACACCUGAGCUCCACACAGGCUUGGGUGCUCUGAGGGUUUCCGGGGAGGGGUGUGAAUUGUGUGGGGAGCCCUAGCCCUGUUCUCAGAGUGUGUGUGUGUGUGUGUGUGUGUGUCUCAGAGAGAGAGACACACCCUUGUUACCUGUAUAAAUUAGCAGGUGUGUGCAUGAGAUGAAUACAGAAUGGCUGGUGCAUCGAUUUCUCAGUGCUCGUGUUAAAAUCUCCCUUGGCUUGUGCCCGAGGGCAGAGGCAGGGAGUGGGCUGACAAAAGGCAGGAUAGACGGACGUUUUGUGGGAGCAAACAUGUGGGCUAAAUCGGUGUCUUUUUUUAACUCUGUUUUUUGGAAGAAAUAUAACAGGCUGGAGGCGA